UGGGACGCAUGGAUACAUGGCACCGGAAGUGCUUUCGAAAGGUGUAACCUACGAUUCCAGUGCGGAUUGGUUCUCGUUUGGCUGUGUGUUGUAUAAAUUAGUAAAGGGGCACAGUCCAUUUAGGCAACAUACGAUGAAAGACAAACACGAGAUAGAUCUAAUGACACUAACUAAGAAUGUUGAACUACCGGAAACAUUUUCACGAGAGCUACGUUCGUUUCUGGGAGGAUUGCUGGAGAGAGACAUCAACAACAGACUCGGUUGCCAGGGAGGAGGAGCGGACGAGUUAAAAGAACAUCCGUUUUUCAGUGGUAUUGACUGGCAACAAGUUUAUCUCCAGAAAUAUACACCACCACUUAUACCACCACGCGGUGAAGUGAACGCCGCAGACGCCUUUGAUAUAGGAUCCUUUGACGAAGAGGACACGAAGGGUAUCAAACUAACGGAAGCAGAUCAAGACCUUUACAAAAAUUUUCCUUUAACCAUUUCUGAAAGAUGGCAGGCGGAAGUUGCUGAAACGGUAUUCGAAACAGUCAAUAACGAAGCGGAUAAGUUGGAAAAUAAAAAGAAGGCAAAACAGAAACAGAGAUUCGAUACGGAUGAAAAAGGUUCAGAUUGCAUUUUACAUGGAUACAUUAAGAAGUUAGGUGGUUCUUUUGCCAGUGUGUGGCAAACACGGUACGCGAAAUUAUAUCCGAAUCGAUUGGAACUACAUCCAGAGUCUACGGUGAAACCAGAAUUAAUUUUCCUUCAACAGAUAGAAGAAGUCAGCGCGGAUCUUCAACACAUAAAGGGAGAACAGUGUAUUGUUGUCCGUACAAAAGAUGGGAAAAUAGUGCUCACAUACCACGACGAAAUCAGUCUAAAGGAGUGGGCAGUAUCGCUGAGGUCUGCGCACAAGUGUUCUAUGGAAAUGCUGGGUAACAUAGCCAAGAAGGCUGGUAAAAUAUAUGGGACUGAUCGUGACGCGAUGAUCCCAGCGUUGCAGCGCUCCACGAACGGCAACUAGCCCAUUGCUGACACAUGUAUGAUGUAUGCCGUUGUCACACUCCAGCCCCACUGCCCCCCAGCAGCAGCAGCAGCAGCAGCAAGUUUUUUUAUACUGAAAAUCAACGCAGAGACCAUUGAAGAAUUCCCAGUGAGAAUGACAACCGAGUGGCGACUUUUCGCAACCGGAACGAAAAGUAUCUAGAUCUCGGAACAGCCCCACAGAAACUCCCUUUGAACGGCGACUAGCGUCGCGCUGUAUAGAGACUCUAGAAUGUAGUGUCGUACGAAUCGUCACGUCGUUAUAUUUGUACGUUAGCUCUGUGUACAAUGUGACGUAGGAAUUAGCACUUGAUCGAUGCCCAUCAGUAUAUCACUCUACAAAGUCGAAAUCCGCACAACAGACACACGUACACACGUACCCAUAUACACUAAA